GCGAGCCCGGUGUUCGCCUGGAUGGGAUGGAUGUCGAGACCUGCGGUUGGAGGGGCGCUGCAGCAGACGAGGGGGAUGAAGGUGCACAGUUCGGUGAAGAAGAGGUGUGAGCACUGCAAGGUUGUUCGUCGAAAGGCUGGGAAGCGACAUAACGGCUACCUGUACAUUAUUUGCAAGGCGAAUCCUCGACACAAGCAGCGACAGAGCUAG